UACUAUAUAUAUUAGCUACGAGGACUUACAAUCUUUGAAUUUUGAAGUUGCAUAAAAAUCAUGUCCAAACUUUGUUCCCCUUUAUUCCUCCUCGUUCUCCUUUCAAUCCUUACGUAUGGAAACUGUAUUGAAUUUUCCAGAAAAUUAUCGAAGAAAGCAAUGGGUUUAAAGAGAGAGAAACUUAGCCACCUUCACUUCUUCUUCCAUGACAUAGUGAGUGGAAAAAACCCAACGGCGGUGAAAAUAGCAGAAGCCGCCGUGACCAACCUGUCAGCCACUGGAUUUGGUUUAAUGGCAAUGAUUGACGACCCUUUAACAGUUGGACCAGAAGCAAACUCGAAAAUAGUUGGAAGAGCACAAGGGAUGUAUGCACAAGCUUCAAUCAAUGAUAUUGGUUUAUUGAUGGUACUUAACUUUGUUUUUGUUGAAGGAAAGUAUAAUGGGAGUAGCUUAAGUGUUUUGGGACGGAAUUCGGUGAUGUCGAUUGUUCGGGAGAUGCCUAUUGUUGGGGGAAGUGGGCUUUUCAGAUUUGGUCGUGGUUAUGUUCAGGCGAAGACUCAUACUUUCGAUUUCAAGACUGGUGAUGCUGUUGUCGAAUACAAUGUCUAUGUCUUCCAUUAUUGAUUUUUUGCUUUUUUUCUAUUAGGUGAUUGUACUUUUGUUAUUUGGGUCGGCGUGCGUCUUUUUUCAUGGAAUAUUGAAAAGAAAUGUAAUUUUAUUUGGCAUAUUUGAAUUUUGGCAUGUGCAUGGACCACUUUGAAAGUAGGAAAAUGUAGGUCCUAUGUUACUUUAUUUCCUUUUGAAUAGUUGAAUAGUUUUUCUUAU